GUAAAACUGGGAGAUGGUUUGUUUUGUUUGUGGACAGCGGUAACCAUUACUUUCUCGUGGACAAAACCAUACCACAGACAAAAGAGGUUCGAUAUCAGUGUAUUUGCCAUACUAGUUGAGUACUCACCUCUCAGUCGACUGAACAUGUCUACAUUACAGAUGUUGCGCGUGUUCUUAAAUGAGCGUUUAACGGCGGCUGCUGUGGAGAUUUUCGGGGCAGUUGAGAAAACGGUAGUCGAGUACCAGGAAGAGAAUGAUCGGCUACGGAGACUGCUUCGGAAUGCACCGGACAUAAAACUAUGUAGAGAAGAGUCCCUUCGGUUAUCUGUUGCCGUCACUGAAGAUGAGGUUCCCCCUGGGCAGCAGCACUCUGAGCAGGAGUGGAGAACCAGUCUGCAGCAGGAGGACCUAGAACCCACACAGAUUAAAGAGGAACAGGAGGAACUCUGGACCUGUCAAGAGGAAGAGCAGCUUCAAGAGCAAGAGGCUGAUAUCAUAGUUUUCAAAUUCCCUCCAAUUUGUGUGAAAAGUAAAUGUGAUCAGGAGAACCCAAUUCAGUCCUCUUCUCUUCCCCAAACCCAGACGGCGGAGAACAGAGACAGUAACUCUAAACCAGUUGAUCUUCCACAUUUUGUCACUGUUACCCACCUAGAGGGUCUCGACAUUCCCUGUGACCCUCCAGAUAAUCAAAACAAUGCCUACAGCCACAGCUCAACUGUAAGAAGCGACCCAGUAGGACUUGACAGCAGCCCACCGUUGAAUUCCAACUCAUCAAUGAGGGAACACUGUUCCAAACCCAGCACCACGUCUAGAAAACCUCACCGCUGCUGUGACUGUGGUGAAAUAUUUGCUCUGCUAGCUGACCUACAGGGGCAUGUGACUCUCGCCAAGAAGAGACCCAGCGAAUGCCGCCUCUGCAAAAUACACUACAACUCCACCUGUAAAUUAAAGGCUCAUGUCAGACUCUGUCACGUGGAGAAACCCUGCACCUGCCCCUUUUGUGGAAAGACCUUCAAACUCAAAGGACAUCUGUCCAGACAUAUGAGGAUUCACACAGGAGAGAAACCAUUUAGCUGUGGUGACUGUGGGAAGAGCUUCAUUCAGAAGGGGGACCUAAGGAGGCAUGUACUGACUCACACUGGAGAGAAACCAUUUAGCUGUGGUGACUGUGGGAAAAGCUUCAAUCGGAAAGGGAACUUGAACUUGCACAUACUGACUCACACUGGAGCGAAUGUCCACAAAGAAAGAAACAAAUAAAGAGAACAGAAUGAAAACACAGAGGAAGCGAAUUAGGACAAAGACAUCUUGUUAGAAGAUGGACAACACUCUUUGGAAAAGCAAAGCAACUCUGGAUCAUUCAUUCUCUGGGUUUUAGAUAAAUAGAUGUCAUGAAUUUACUUUUGUAAAACAUUCUAUGAACAAAGUUUGAUUUUAUGUACAGAGUACAGUAAUUAAACAUACAGGUCUUCUGAUGUUUUCAUGUUCUUAUAAACCGGAAUUCCUGGUAGUUUGUUUUGGAAUGUCUCCCGAAUACCGUAGUCUGACUGAUGUUAUUGAUACAUUUAAAAAAAAGAAUACUCCAGAAAA